CUGCGCCACAGUGGACUUGGUCGUCUAUCUUGUGUAUUUAGGGCGCGUCGGGUCACUUGCCUCGAAUCACCCGCACGAUUCAGUGCGAUGCCACUCUAUGGUGACACUUCACUGUCGCGACCUUCGCAACAUGCAGCUAAAGCAGAGCAAAAUUACUACGGGGAGAUUCAGCUUACAUUGGAAGACGUGCUAGACCUGUCUCUCUUCGAAACGGCCCAAGAAGCUCAAGCCACUCGACCUUCCUCGCCCGCCACUGAGUCCACCCGCGCCACCGCGACAGAAUCGACAGACGAAGGUCGCCCCUCCUUCGCACCAUCGCAGCGAGUGCCGGGCGUCAUUUCUAACGUCGUCGAACGACUUUCUGCCAUCAAUCGCUCGCGCGUCGGAGUCGACACAAAGUCAUCCCACUGGUCAUAUGUACCGCCUUCAUAUCAUCUACUACCACCACCACCACACAGCGCGUUUCGCCUAUCCUGCCAACGUCCCUCCCUUAUCCCUCCGUUCCCCUCGGAAGCCUAUUUCGACCGCCACAAUUGGCGCAUCAAGCUCCCCUGCGCCGUCGUCGCCAUCCUCCGGAUCAGCGAGUGUACACAUACCGUCUAUUUCACCUCACCCGACAGGGUGUUCUCUCUGCCCGUCGCCGCCUCCACACGGGUCGUGUACGCUAUUGCACGGCGCCAUCCUCACCUCGACAUCGAUCUGCUGGACGAUAAUAUCUCAGGAAACUGGGCACGAGCGUUGAGUGAGGAUGUCUGGGAAACAUGCCGGCGCCUGCGCGAGCUCAAUUCUCGACUCAUGCGACACAGGCAGCAGCAGGAUGUCUCUAUGCGGAAUGCGCGGCUAUACUCCGAUGCUCGUAUCCGCGCGCGUCGCGCUAGGGGCCUCGUCCGCGAUGCCGACGCCACUUCAUUGAUUCCAGGCGUCCCUUACUUCGAGUCCUACAUAUCUGAGCUCGCCUUCGACAAGGCCUGCGCGGUCGAAGACGUUGUGAAGGUUUUCGAACCCCCCUCAUUGUCGUUGAGAUUUGUGGUGUGAGUCUGUACCUAAUCUGCUACGCAGAUUUGUCCUCUAUUGCAAAGACAUGUGCAAUGGGUGGUGGAGGCUUGUUCUGCAAGUUUUCGUCCGUUUUGAACCCUUUUGCGUCGUUGGUUUGGCCCCUCUCCCCACUCACGAUCUACGAGGGAAGCGCCUUCUAUGGUAUACAAUGUACAUCCCCACAUGACAAGUCAACAUUCAUC